GUUUUGAAAUAAAAUAGUGUAAAGAAAAGCCCUAAUUGAGAUGAAGAUUGGAGAAUUCAGUCUUACCCAACUCCUUUAGGAGGAGGAAGAGCUGUUCAAUUUUUGUAGAAGAGGAAGGAGAAAAUGGCACUGGACAGCGGCAAUGGGGAUGACUUCUCUGUUGGGUCAUUCUUCUCAAUCAAGACGACCUUAGGGGAUGAAUUUCAAGCACAAGUCAUUACCUUUGACCGCCCCUCCAACAUCCUCGUCCUUCAGGAAGGUUCGAAACCAGGACCUCGUAGGAACAUAAGGCUGCUGAAAGCCAAUUAUAUAAAAGAAUUUUCGUUUUUGGGACAUGGGGAAGAUCCUCUUGAUCUCAAAAACUGUUACCUUGAUCUCAAUACUCUCCGUGCUAGAGAGGAACUCGCCAUUAGGCAAGCAGAAAUAGAGGCGGAGAGAAUAGGAGUGGGUGUGACAAGCGAGGCGCAAAGUAUUUUUGACGCCUUGUCUAAAACGCUUCCUGUUCGCUGGGACAAGACUGUGAUAGUUGUAAUGAAUGAAGUACGUGUUAGCAGUCCCUAUCUACCAGAAUCUGUUUCUGGAGGCACCCCUGCUGCCAAUGAGCGGGUGAAGAAAGUGCUUGAACUGGAGAGGAAGCGGUUGCAAGUUCGCGGAGGUGGUGGUCAGUGAUGGUUAUUGAUCCUUAUCCUUCUUUUCUGGGUGAUAGGCGAUUACCGGUACUGUACCGAGCCUUUUGCUAAUGAGGGGAAGGUACAAUCUCUUUUAGAGGCAUCUCCAUGUCAGCAAUCAUGAAGGGAUUUAGUGUUUGAGUGGUACCUAAUCUGUUGCCGAAGUUUUUAUGUUUACUGAACUUCUGGUGGUCGAUUUUUUCCUGUUUAUGGACUGCACUGGACACACCCUGGCAAAGCUUUUUGGGUGUCCAUGUUUAAGGUUUCCAAGAUUUGCUCUGUUGCAAUCUAUCAAAAUUGAAAUGAGCAAAGUCAGAUGUAAUAACUGCCCACCUUUUAUUCAACCAUAAUGUCUUACCUCUCAACUUUUUUGUGUUUACUAUCAAACAUCAUGAACACGUGUUUGACGUAAUUGAUGCGCUGGGCGUCUAAUCGUUUGAGGUUUAAGAUCA